GCAGCCAUCCACUGCACGCCUCUCCAUUCAGCGGACCUAAAGGAAACCUGCACCAACAGACACCAUGCCUGCCGAUCUGAACGGAUACUGGAAGAUGAUUUCCAACGACAACUUUGAAGAGUACCUCAAGGCUCUGGAUGUGAACGUUGCCAUCAGGAAAAUCGCCACCUUGCUGAAGCCCGACAAGGACAUCGUCCACGACGGGGACCACAUAAUCAUCAAGACCCUCAGUACCUUCAAAAACUACAACAUGGACUUUUACGUGGGCAAAGAGUUUGAGGAGGAUCUGUCUGGAGUGGAUGACAGGAAAUGCAUGACCACCAUCACCUGGGAUGGAGACAAGCUGGUGUGUGUGCAGAAGGGGGAGAUUGAAGGAAGAGGCUGGACCCACUGGGUGGAUGGAGAUGAGCUUCAUCUGGAGCUGAGAGCUGCUGGAGUUGUCUCCAAGCAGGUCUUCAAGAAGAGCUAAACGGGCUCUCAUUAAACCGCACAAAGCCCCCGGCACACACUGGCUGACACAUCCGACGCGACCCAAGCCUCUGGCGUACCAUCCCACUUCCCCUGUGGUCCCUUUAGAUCUCCAUAUGGCCCCGUUCCUGCUCAGAUUAUUAUUUCUCAUUAAACAACCCGUUUAUGUCCACCAGGAUUGGUG